ACUUAUGACUUUCGAUCAAUGACUCGCUGACUCAGGAGCAUUUGAUCAUAAAAGAGACUUGUAGUCAGCCCAUUGGCUGCAGACAUUUCUUUCAGUGCUUUGUGGCCUCUUCUUCUAUAUAAGGAAGUAACCCAACUGGUCUCUUUAGGUAGUGGUUCCUUUUUUAAACUCUUUAGAGAGGAUAACUUUUUAGUUAUAGUCUCUGAAGAUAUCUUAAGGAUGGCCGCAGGAUUUUCGACGGCUUCGGCAAAGGGAGUGGAUUUUGAGGCAAAGAUUACUCCUAUAGUCAUAAUAUCUUCCAUCAUGGCAGCUACCGGCGGCCUCAUGUUUGGCUACGAAGUUGGUGUCUCUGGUGGAGUGACAGCGAUGCCGGAAUUUCUGAAAAAGUUUUUCCCGGUGGUCUACGGGAGAGUAGAAGUCGGCGUCGACAAAAACAACUACUACUGCAAAUACGACAACCAAGGACUACAAAUCUUCACAUCAUCUCUAUACUUAGCGGGUCUAACCGCAACGUUCUUCGCUUCAUACACGACGAGAACACUUGGACGAAGGCCAACCAUGCUCAUAGCUGGCGUGUUCUACAUCAUCGGUGUGGUUCUCAAUGCUGCGGCACAAGACCUAGCCAUGCUUAUUACAGGCCGGAUAUUGCUUGGUUGUGGAGUUGGGUUCGCUAACCAAGCCGUGCCGUUGUUCUUGUCGGAGAUUGCACCUACUAGGAUCAGAGGUGGUCUUAAUAUUCUCUUUCAGCUUAACGUCACUAUUGGUAUCCUCUUCGCAAAUCUUGUCAACUAUGGCACCGCUAAGAUUAAAGGAGAAUGGGGAUGGAGGCUGUCACUUGGUUUAGCCGGAAUCCCCGCGCUUCUACUGACGGUAGGAGCUUUAUUGGUGACGGAGACACCGAACAGUCUCGUUGAAAGAGGUCGUCUCAAUGAAGGCAAAGCCGUUCUCCGUCAGAUUCGAGGCACCGUCAAUGUCGAACCAGAGUUCGCUGAUCUCCUUGAAGCUAGCAGGCUUGCCAAAGAAGUCAAACACCCUUUCAAAAACCUUCUUCAACGCCGGAACCGGCCUCAUCUCCUCAUCGCCAUUGCCUUGCAGAUAUUCCAGCAAUGCACUGGAAUCAACGCCAUUAUGUUCUAUGCUCCUGUUCUUUUCGGCACUUUAGGCUUUGGCAGUGACGCGUCUCUCUACUCUGCAGUGCUCACCGGUGCAGUCAACGUCCCCUCCACUCUAGUCUCUAUCUACUUCGUUGAUAAAGUCGGUCGUCGUGUUCUUCUUCUUGAAGCUGGUCUCCAAAUGUUCUUUUCUCAACUCGUGAUCGCCAUUGUCCUCGGCAUCAAAGUCACAGACCACUCUAAUAACCUUUCCAAAGGGUUUGCGGUUCUUCUCGUGGUGAUGAUCUGCACCUACGUAGCUGCUUUCGCCUGGUCUUGGGGACCGCUCGGUUGGCUAAUCCCUAGUGAGGUUUUCCCUCUUGAGACACGUUCCGCGGGACAGAGUGUGACGGUCUGCGUCAACUUGCUGUUCACUUUCAUUAUAGCUCAGGCUUUCCUCUUGAUGCUAUGUCAUUUCAAGUUUGGGAUAUUCAUCUUCUUUUCUUCGUGGGUCUUGGUCAUGACUCUGUUUGUGAUGUUCCUCCUUCCUGAAACUAAGAACAUACCUAUCGAGGAGAUGAGGGAGAGAGUGUGGAAGAAGCACUGGUUCUGGACUAGGUUCAUGGUCAUGGGUGAUCAAAGUUGUAACCGGCAAGAAGAGUAACAACAGGUGAAAUACACUAGAUAGAUAUAAGAAAAGAUAACUAUAUAUAUAAAGACUAAACAUAUGAGAGCAUCUUUAGAGCAUGAGCAUUGCUAUAACACACAUAACACAUAGGUCUCUCAAAUAAUAUAAUUUUUUAUUUUUAUUUUAAAAAGUAAACCACUACUUAAAAAACAAGUAGAGAACACAGCUAUUCAGCAAGAUCAAAAAGCUCUUUGCAGAGAGCUGCUUUUUCUUUUCUCUCCAUAUUUUUUUACUCUUUUUUCUUUCUUUUUUAAUUUUUUUAAUAUUUUUAAAUUACUGAGAGUUCGUGCAAGAACUCACUGCUGCAUGCUCUUAAUGAUAUUAUUUAAAGAUAAUAUCUCAACAUGAAAAAAAAGUAGAGAAAAAUAGUCUAAAUAUUAAAAUAUUAUCACUAUACUAGAACAAAAUAAUAUUAUAAAUCUGGAAAGAUGCUCACCUUGACAUACUAUACGUUAAUGAUGUUCUUAGCCUAAUGACUUCUACAGCACCAUUAAACCGGAUCUCCAUAUAUAUGGUUGAGGCUUAAAAAUCGUUUAACAGAUGUGUAAGAAAAUACGCACAUGAUUUAAAUAUAUUCUUCAACCCUUUUUUCCUAAGAUGUUCAGCCUAGUUUUUGGUUAAGUUUAUUUAAAACUAAAAGCUUAUAAAAAUGGUUUCGAAUAUUUUGACAUUAUCAAACAUCUUUCAGAAAAGUUAAAAGCAAGAGAAUUUUAUUUCAUUGAUAACAAAGCAGAAAACAAACUCAAAGAACAGAAAUGACGAUUACAUCACACGGAUCAACAACUUCAUCUUAUUAUUACAACACAGAUCACACAUCUCUUUUUUCAUAAUGUUGUUUGAUCCAAGACAAAGAUUUAGAGAUCACUAGACGGGGACGAUGUUGGUCACAGAGACCUUAACCAUUUCAGCUUCAAAGACAAUAGCAUCAUUCACCAAAUACCCUUUGGAUGUAUCCUUUAAAUCUUUCAUCAAUAUGAUAUUGUUCACUCCCACACCAUAAUCGCUUCGAAUCGGGUACCAAGCUGCAGCUGAAAUAAAGAAAAAAAAAUAUUAAUUUCAUUCACCGAUUAUUCUUGGAAAUAAAAAAUUGUUUUUAUUGGUUUA